GUUCAAAAACAAGUACAUCCUGGUCUUUCAACAAAGGAGGAUGCCUUGGAAUUCAUCGAAAAUCUCAUGGUGCGGCUUCUUGUAACACUGUGUUCAGCACAACCACACUCUAUAGAAGAUGUUGACGAUCGCAUCACUAAAACCUUUCCUGACCCCAUUGAUAAGUGGGCCAUACGGGAUGCUCAGAAUGCUGUUAGAGACGGUAAGAAGAACUCCACCAUAGUUCUUCCUGUGGAUAAAAUACAACCUCUGCUCAAGGUAAAUUAUUUACUUUUGUUCAUAUUUAAAAGGCACAUCAAGCUAUUUUGAACUAGGACAAGAAGUAUGUUUAUACACUCACACAUUAAAGCAGUUGUCAUUGGUGGUUUAAAAAUGUACAUGUGUGUAAUAUUUUAUGCUGAUAUGCUUGAGUGAGUAAAUUUUAGCAAUAUGGCAUUCAUUCAAUUAGAAAUGUGUAUAUGACAAUGAACAAUAUAUAUUGAUGCUUAAAUAUCAAACUCGUCUUCACAAAUGAAAGAAACCAUCUCUUUCAAGAUCAGCUGUGUUUUUGUUGUCCACUGUUACACAAAUAUUUACUCUGUAAUUUUUAAUAGUCUGGGGAAUGGGAAUUGAGACCAUCAACUAUUCAGCCAAAUAACAACAAACAAUUCAGAUUAGUCUGAGAAUGGUUGUCAAAUUUUCAUACAAAUCUACUAUUAUUUUAUAAAUGUUUAAUUUUGAAAACAAACACAUCAUGAUUUAAAGUGCUACAGGUUUAAAAAAAGUAAUGUCAAUUUCUUUCUUUCAUUAAAAAUACUUAUUCAUAAUAGUUUUUAAGACGUUUCAAUGAUAGGCAAUGCCGCUUUCUGCAUCUGUAGCCACAUGCUGAUAUAAAAAAUGUAGCCAACUGGUCUUUUUGGCCAAAAAGUGAUAUUCACUAGACACUCGAACUCUAUCAAAUACUGAAAUCUUUUUAUGAUGUUCACUAGAACCCCAUCAAAUACUGAUCUCUUUUACUUAGAUAAAUAUUCAUUGUUUUUUUAUACUAUGCUUUUGGACACCAGGAGGAGCUUGGUUACAGGGUGGACUUUACCUUGGCACUGUACAUAACAGCUGUGCUUGAGUACAUUGCUGCUGACAUUUUGAAGGUAUGCAACAGUUUUCUGGUGAAAGGCUAGGGAAAUGCUGAUUAAUUACUUAAAGAUUCCUUAAAUUAAAAAAAAACCCAACAAAUUCCAUUAUGUAAGGAAAGAAUAAAUUGGAGUGGCAUAGCAGUUAAGUUAAGCAUUAUAUAAAUUCUUUAGCAUAAAUCUUUAGUACUGGUGAUGCUGCACUCUUAAAUAAAUGUAAGUGUUGUCAAGUUCAUCCUCGGUUAAAGACGCCAGCAUUAAGGUGGAUUUUGCUCCACUGCAUUUUUCAGGAAAACAUCUACUGUAUUUUUUCCAUUUAAAGAUCCAAAAAAUUUUUAAUGAAAAUUUAAUUUUAUUAAACUGUAUUUUUUUCGGGGGUAAUUCCAUAGUUUAUUCACAGAUACAAUAAAGUGAAAAUGAUUUAGUUUCAGUAAAUUCUCAAAACCUGGGUUAUUCCUAAUCAUAAUUUUGUGAAAUUUUAUGAACCAGUAUUAUUAAAUGUAUGUAUCUCUGCAAGGGGAGAUAACAUCAUCUUAACUAUAGUUUGUGUAAGUUUUUGUCAUGGAUAAUGGUGUUUCUACUGUAUUUGUAAUGCUGAUUUGUUCGUUGGUUUGUUGCAUCAUUUUUUCAUGUUUUCCCAUACUUUGUUUUGGUAAUUUCCUUGUAUUUCUAAUGAGAUGGAUUCAUCAUGGAUUUUCAACCCUGAAAAGAUUUUUACAUUUUAAUUUAAAGUACCUAGAAAUAUACCGACCAAAAAAAUAAACCUUAAAAGUUAUGGAUAAUGCAAUAUGUUAAUGUGGAUGCUAAAAUAUUGUUUUAUCCAUAUCUUUUAAAGUUUUGAUAAAUUUUGGGUCUUUUAUUUCUGACCCAAAAUUGUACAUUUAGUCACAUGUUCAAUUUCUGACUGUUGAAUUCACCCUUACAGAUCUCAGGGAUCUAUGUAAAGAAUAUCAAACACCUUGAGAUCAGCUUACAAGACAUAAAAGUUGCAAUAUGUGCAGAUCAGGUUGGUGUAAUAACCCUGUACACUAAUGUCAUUGAAAGUCAUUUAUUUAAUGCAUGAUGUAUUUCAGUACUCCAUUAGCCUUCAGAAGAUGAGGGAAAAUCAAAGAACAUUGUUGAUAAUGAGUUAUUAACGGGCCUUGCAGUACUAUUUAUGACUCAUGGCAGAACAGCCUUGCAUAAAAUAAUUAAACAGCCUUUUUGAAUUCUGAUAGUUGAGGAAGUCAUCUUGUGACUUAAAUGAAGUUUAUCUGAAUUGUCUCAAAGGCAAUCUUUUGCACGCAUUUUGUUGCAGCCAUUCUUAUCAGAGAUAUUGUAAGAAGUGAUUUGCCAAUAUAAAAAUAUAACGGGAUUGGUACUUGGAGUACGCAUGUCAAAAAUAUUCAAGUUAAUAGGUGGCCAUAGAAGUUAUUAUUUCAAGGGCUACAAGUUUUCACGUCAUUUACAAUUUCUGUCAAUAAGAAAUAAAUAUUUUAUUUUCAAUUAAUUACAAGAUUACAUCCAUAAUUGUCUUUUGGGAAGAGUUCUAAAAAUAUAAAUUGUAAUUUAUUACAAAACAAUAUAGAACAUUUGAUCUGUAAUGUAAUCAUUCAUCAUUUCUCAUUACGCUAGUUUUUGGCGCGAUGCCGGCUUACCCUUUGAUAAUUUUAAUGAUUAUAUGCUAUCAUAUCCCAGGUACUGUACGAUAUGUUCUUUCAAGAGGAGGAACUUUCUGUUGUGGUGGAGGACGAACCGGUCCGGAGGGAGAAAAUGACAUACGAAGAAAUUAUGAAAGAUUUAAUUAUGGAGGAAACUCAAUACCUCCGAGAUCUAAAUAUGAUAAUUCGAGUUUUUCGUGCUCCGUUCGCAAAGCUUUUUCCUCGCUCCAAGGUAAAACAUUUUGAUUGAAAAUAUAGCACUUAAGAAAAAAAAUAAUUCUGAUUUAAAUAAUUGCUUUUGAUAACACAAAGAUUUUUAAAAAAAGAAGAUAAAUCAAUCAGUUUUUCAGACUACAUGUUGUGUGAUUGGCUAUACAAAACAUUUAUUACUAAGGUUUUCUGUCUACACUGAUACAUGUGGUGUGAUUGGCUAUACAAAACAUUUAUUACUAAGGUUUUCUAUCUACACUGAUACAUGUGGUGUGAUUGGCUAUACAAAACAUUUAUUACUAAGGUUUUCUAUCUACAUUGAUACAUGUGGUGUGAUUGGCUAUACAAAACAUUUAUUACUAAGGUUUUCUAUCUACACUGAUACAUGUGGUGUGAUUGGCUAUACAAAACAUUUAUUACUAAGGUUUUCUGUCUACACUGAUACAUGUGGUGUGAUUGGCUAUACAAAACAUUUAUUACUAAGGUUUUCUAUCUACACUGAUACAUGUGGUGUGAUUGGCUAUACAAAACAUUUAUUACUAAGGUUUUCUAUCUACACUGAUACAUGUGGUGUGAUUGGCUAUAAAAAACAUUUAUUACUAAGGUUUUCUGUCUACACUGAUACAUGUGGUGUGAUUGGCUAUACAAAACAUUUAUUACUAAGGUUUUCUAUCUACACUGAUACAUGUGGUGUGAUUGGCUAUACAAAACAUUUAUUACUAAGGUUUUCUAUCUACACUGAUACAUGUGGUGUGAUUGGCUAUACAAAACAUUUAUUACUAAGGUUUUCUAUCUACACUGAUACAUGUGGUGUGAUUGGCUAUACAAAACAUUUAUUACUAAGGUUUUCUAUCUACAUUGAUACAUGUGGUGUGAUUGGCUAUACAAAACAUUUAUUACUAAGGUUUUUUUUCUACACUGAUACAUGUGGUGUGAUUGGCUAUACAAAACAUUUAUUACUAAGGUUUUCUAUCUACACUGAUACAUGUGGUGUGAUUGGCUAUACAAAACAUUUAUUACUAAGGUUUUCUGUCUACACUGAUACAUGUGGUGUGAUUGGCUAUACAAAACAUUUAUUACUAAGGUUUAUAUCUACACUGAUACAUGUGGUGUGAUUGGCUAUACAAAACAUUUAUUACUAAGGUUUUCUGUCUACACUGAUACAUGUGGUGUGAUUGGCUAUACAAAACAUUUAUUACUAAGGUUUUCUAUAUACAGUGAUAUUAUAGCCUUCACAUUCUGCUUAAUCACUGUGUUUUUUAAAUAAUGUUUAUACAGAUAUUAAAAGACAUUGUAAAGCAAUCUUUCAUGUUCCUGCCCAACCUGUUUCUCCUUAGGAUCUGGAUGUUAUAUUCAGCAACAUCCUGGACAUUUAUGACUUUACAGCUAAACUGCUUAGCUCUGUAGAAGACCAAGUUGAAAUGGCCCAGGAAGGAGAUGUGCCACUUGUUGGUACUUGUUUUACAGAUCUCACGGAGGUAAGCGUUAAUUUUUGCUGUUAAUUUCUUGAUUCUCUGGUUUUUUUUAAAAACUCAAUCAAUGGCUCUUCUUCCCACCCAGUACCAAAACCCGAAUAAUAUAAUAAAGCAUUUCAAGGCAGUCCCCAAUAGUGGUCAUGUGGCAAAAACUCAAUCCUUUGGAGAAAUUUAUGGUCAACUCAUUGUUCCGACCUCCUGUAAUUGGUAAUCGUAAUACUCCCCUGAGAUUGAUGUAUGCCUCUGGACUAUAGCCACUGUUCACAUGAAGUUGUUGAUGAGAGAAAAUAGGUUAAGAAUAGUAUAGACACCUGCUCAAGGUAAAGUAGAGACUUAAUUUGUGUCCAGACAUACUUUACACCUUGGAUGGAGGCCCGUCUUUCCUUCCAAUGGUCCAGCUGAUGCCACUGGAUGGCUGCUGGGUCUCUGAUGAGAGAGGGAUAAACUGUACAACAAAAGUGCCAGUACUUUCAUGAAGCAGAUGCAUUUAGGUGGUCAUAGGUCACCUAUUUAGGUGGGAUAGGUCACCUAUUUAGGUGGGAUAGGUCACCUAUUUCCUGAAGUUUACAAGAGUAGUAUAGAGGAGGAAUCGCAUGGUCUCAUCCCACCAAUCACUAUCUUUUAACAGUAUAGGCUUUAUAAUUCACAUCAAUGCCAACCACCCUUCCCUAAAUUUGACUAAUAUAAGAUUAGAUUCUCUUUUCUUUAAUUUUUUAAUGUUAAAUGUGCAUUUUUAUAUCCAGUGUUAAGAUAAUGUAUCUGAUUUCUUUUUCUUCCUUAUAAUCAUCAAUCAAAUUCAGAGACACAGCUUUUCAUUAUUUGUUUAUGCUAGACAAAUGUACUGCUUUUCAGCAAACUAAUCAACCCAAAUUGACUUUCAUUUAACUUUUAGGGUGAAGAGUUCAGUGUGUAUGAGAGAUAUGUUACAGAUAUGAUUGCACCUAAUGGCAAAGGUCGUCUAAAUGCCCUGCUUAUGCGAGAAGAUGUGAUAAACUACCUAAAGGUAAAUAAAUGUUAUCUUGAUGCCUUUCAUGUACUAAAUAAUGUCUAAGUAACUUAUUUAUGAUUAAAAAUGAUAGAACACUUUUAUAGCGCUUGUAUCCAUACUAAUUUAGCACGUUCACAGCGUCUUUAAAUGUUUCUUAAAUGAUUUUUUAUCAUUUUCAAUUACCCUCAAAGAUUGCAGCAAACUGUUCCAUCAUUUAGGCGCUAUAUCUUGAAUGCAGAAAGAUUCGACGGGAUUUAACACCACACAAAACUGGCACUUGUUUUCUCAUUGUAACUAACACAGCCACAAAUUCAUUAUUUUAUUGUUAGCUGAAUUAAUCUGAUGACUGGGUCACGAUGGUUUCAGAGAAUCCAUUUAUACUUGGUGAAAUAAAUGUGAAAUAACAUACCCAGGAUGAUGUGAAAUAAACUAAUCCAAAAUGCACUAGCAGGGUGCAUAGUGUUUCAUUGAAUCAGUUGUCAGGUUAUUGUACAUGUAUUUUAUCUACAGCAAGCAGGGAAUGGAUUCCGUGAAGCCUUCAAGUACGUUUUACCCAAACUACUGAUGGGCCCAGUCUACCACUGUCUACAGUAUUUUGAAAUAGUCAAGGUUUGUCAUCCGAUCUUUUUUUAUUCACUUUUUCUCCCCCCAAAAAUGUUAAUGUUUUUAAAAAAAUUUCACUUACAUUGGUCAACUGGAAAAAUGAAAUAUUUAGCAGAAAAUUUUUUUCCCAAUAAAAUCUCUUUUUAGUUUUAUUUUUAAUAAGAGAUGAUUAAUAAGUAUACAUCAAUAUUUUUAGUAUUAAAUGUAAUAAUAAGUAUAAUUCAAUAUUUUGAUGGAAUAGGCUGUGAUAUUUGUUUGUAAUUUUCUAGGCAUUAAUUAGUACGAGUCCCAGCGAUGAAGACAAGGAGUGUCUAACACAAGCAGAUGGACUGUUGCAAGCCCUUAAAGCCCGCCUGGAGAGGAAACUUGGCAAUAUACCGAAGAGGAAGACCUGGUAGGUUUUGUUUUAGUACACACCUGAUGUUUGUAUGUUUUCUUAUUGCCUGAUGAUAAAACCUAAGCAGCUUCUCACUCUUUUAUGUGACAUGGGGAGGCUGUUUGGUGUGCAAUAAAAAUGCAAAACUGUGUCAUACAUUUUUUGUAUGUGGUGAUAAGUUUCUUGUUGUAUAAUUGCAGGGAGCUUUCUCUCAGGAUGCAUGCCCAUUCAAGAGCUGCAACAGUCCAAAAAAUGCAAGAAAUUCAGAGGAGUAUAGAUGGUUGGGAUGGGAAAGACAUUAUUCAGAUGUGCAGUGAAUUUAUCAUGGGUGAGAAUUGACAGUUGACUUGUCUGAUUACAAAUAUACUGUUAAAAAGAUUUGCAAUACAGAUUUAAUGAUAGCAUGAUGAUAAUUUUUAUAGUUGUGAAGUUUUAAAAAAAGAUUUACCUCAAAGAUCAAAUUCUUGCAUAUUUAUGAAUAAUUUAAAAUUAACACUUGAAAAGCAAUUGUAACCAUAUUUAUUGGGUCAAAAAAUUUGUUACCUUACUGCUUGAAAUUAAUCACUCCAUUUUAAAUCCAUCAGAGGGACCAUUAACUAAAGUGACUGGUCGGCGAACAAAUCCCGAAAGAUAUUGUUUCCUGUUUGAUGGCCUGAUCAUCCUUUGUAAGACCAACCCACGACGCACCUCCAGUGCUGGGCCGGUUUCGGAAUACAAACUCAAGGAGAAAUUCUUAAUUCGCAAGGUGGAGGUUGUAGACAAAGAAGAUACUGAUGGUAAGAUGAUCAUUAGGUUGUCAAUCUAAUUUUUAAAAUUUAUUUCUACCUUAUCCUUAAAGUAUUUUGGCUUGCAUCUCUACAAAUUCUCAUUGAGGAUUGUAUUAUAAAAUUACAAAAAUUUCUGUAGAUGUAAGAUUCAUUGAAGCAAAAAAUAAUGUAUCAGGUAGAAGCAGUAUUGUGUCGGUCUUUUAGGAAUGGAGACAAUGGGACUUUAAUCAUAUCUUUAAGUCUGUAUUUUUAAAUAUGAUAUGGAUAAUUGUAGAAACAGAGAGCAUUAAAAAAAAAUUAGUUUUGUUUUAAAUAUAUAUAUUAUAAGAUCAUUAAAUAAUGUAAGAUAAGAUUCAUUUAUUGAUCCAAACAAAUGGAAAUGUUUUUUGAUUGCAUUGUAAAUUUUCAGCACAUAAAUAAAACAAUUUGAACAAGACAUUUACAUUAAAUAAUUUCACUAGUGGAAAAAAAAAGCCAUUCAGUGAAUUUUCUUAGCCAUAUCAGAGACUUUUUAGUUCUCAUUAAGAUUUGUGACUUCAGGGAAGCACGCUGAUAAAUUCGUACAGAUUGGGGGACAAAAGAAUUUUUGAAUCUUUCAGUCCUCGGCUUGAGAGAAAGAAUUCAUGCCGAACGGGCUGAUCCUAACUAUCUGUGAUGAAGAGGGUGGGAUGUAUAAUUGAAAAUUAGUUUAGUUUAACAAUAACAUCUUUCUUCAAAAAGUUCUUCAAGUGAAGGAUGUUUAGUUUGUGUUAUGUUCCUAGCUUUCUUGAUUAGUCUGUUCAUUCGAUGUUAAAUAUCAGACGAUGAAUUACCACUCCAGCAGGUAAUAUUGAAAUUAAGUAGGCUCACAAUUGUUGCACUGUAGAAUAAGUUAAAGACUUGUUUGUUUAUGCCAAAAUUGUACAGUUUUUUGAGGUAGAACAGUCUUUGGUUGAAUUUCUUAUACAGCAUUUGGCAAUGCUCAUGCCAUGUUAGCUUAAUAUUAAUGAUGACACCUAAGUAAUUAUAUGCCUCUACUUCCUCUACACUUCGAUUUUUUAUGGUGAGAUCUGUAAUCUGGUGUUUCCCCCUCCGGAAAUCAUCAACCAUUUUCUUUGUUUUUGAGACAUUCAGCUGGAGAAAAUUUUCAUUGCACCAAUUGAUAAAGCUUGCAACUAAGUUGCGGUAUAAGCCUUCUCCCUCAGAUAUGAAGCCAAUGAUGGUGGUAUCAUCAGCAAAUUUUGUCGCUUCAGCUCUGAAUAUCAUUGGAUUGUAUACAUUAGAGGGGAGAGAAUGCAGCCUUGUGGCGCCGCGCUGCUUAUUUCUCUUAUUAUUUUAGAGAUAAUUGGUCAUUUACCUUGACAUAUUGUGGGUGAUUUGUUAAGAAAAGUAUCCAAGCUUGAAUAUUUAAAUUUAGUAUAAAGUGAUAAUUUUCUAAAGUUAGCAACAGUUGUAGAGCCCAUUUGUUGUUGCAGUAUCUCAGACUUUCUAAAUCAAGAACUGCCGAUAAAGCUGGCUUACCACAAACUUUUAUGAAGCAGGAUAAAAUGUACACCUGUGAUUUUUAUUUCUUUUAUCUCUUUUAAGAUUUAAAAAAUGCAUUUGAAAUCCAUCCCCGUGAACAUAUGCACAUAGUCUUACAAGCUAAAACUGUUGAUGAAAAAACCAACUGGAUGGCUGCACUAGUGUCUCUACAGACAAGAAGGUAAGUUAUGACAAAUGUCUCUAGUUUCUUUCAUCAGCUUAUAAACAUGAGCUUAUAAAAUGCAUAUAAAAUUUUAUAAAAUUGCAUUAUUUUUUAGGAGUAAAUGAUAAAUCUGAUUACCAAUUAUUAUUUAAAAAUAUAGUUUUUUUUUUUAAUGUAUGUUCUAUUAUUUUAUAAUUUAUUAAUGAAGUUCAAGUAAUAAUUAGAUAGUCCAAUAAUAAUUAGAUAGUCCAAUAAUAGUUACAUUUGAAAUAAGAUUUUUAAAUGAUAUAAUGCAUCCCUAAUGUUGACAUAUCUUUUUAAGCAUGUAGCUUAAAUCUUAAUGGAGUGUCUUGGAGAGUCUAGAGUUUCAUAAUAAGGUGGUAGGCUAGAGGUAAUCACCUAUGUAAAUGUAGAUCAGUAAUACAUUGUUCCAUUUUGUUUGACUUUACCAGCAUGCUGGAGCGAAGUCUGGACAGUAAGCUGAGAGAGGAAGAAAAGAACCAUCCUUUAGUCCUGCCAUCUCCCCAGCACUAUGAGUUUGCCAUUGAGGAUUCAGUUAAGAACAUUAUCUUUGAGGACAACCAGGACUCCUCCCAUGAAAGUCCACUGAUAAAAGUGAGCAUCAAAUAGGUGCUGGGUCACCAUUCAGUAAACUAUGGAGUUACUGGGUCACCAUUCAGUAAACUAUAAAGUUACGGAGUCACCAUUUAGUAAACUAUUGAGUUACUGAGUCACCAUUCAGUAAACUAUAGAUUUACCGAGUCACCAUUCAGUAAACUAUAGAGUUACUGAGUCACCAUUCAGUAAACUAUAGAGUUAUGUCUAGUUUGGAAAUUAAUAGUCCCAGCACUUUGUCUUGUCUGAAAUAUAUAUUAGCAGACAUAAAAGGCUCACAAUUAAAAAAUAAAAAUCCAACCCUAAGUGUAUUUUGAGAGGUUUCUCCCUGAAAUUAGUUCAUCCCAUCUUAUCCUCUCAUCCCAAUAGGGUGGUCAGCUUGUCAAACUGGUGGAGAGGCUAACUUACCAUAUGUAUGCAGACCCACGUUUCUUACGCACAUUUUUACUGACCUACCGGUCUUUCUGCAGUUCCAGGGAACUUCUUGAGUUGCUGGUCAAACGGUAAUUUGUUUUUUAUGUAAAUAUCAAUUUUAUAAAUUUUUGAAGGAAAAAUAGAAAAGGAGAAAAAACCUUUGUUUGGGAUAUCUAACCUCUUAGCACGUCUUCUAGCAUCCAUUAAACAACCGCUAAAAACAAAGUUUGUCAUAUAAAUCCUGUAUAUUAUAUGAAUUUUUUAAUUAUUUUAUUUUAUGUUAAUAUUCUGAUGACCCACCCGCUUUUACAAUGUAUAUUUAGUACACCAACUAUUUCAGACAAACAGUAGACAAUAUUACUCACCAAACGCACUUGCGAUAGUUUUAAGAAUCUCACUUAGCACAGUUAUUGGGAAUUCUUUAUUGUGUAAUCAGUGGUAUCAUAUUUCCUUUAUCAUCCCCCUGACAAACAUGAAAAAAAGAUUUUUGGGGGCUGGGCUGAAAAUUUGAGAAUAUUGACACUAGCAAUGAAUCUGUGUGCCGAGUUUGAUAUGAUGAUAAGAAGUUGGUCAAGUAGUCGCCUGAAGAUUUUUCCUUAAACAUAGAAACAUACAAAGAAAAGGGAAGUUAAUAUAAAGGAUUUAGAAAUUGGGGCUUUUUAUGUUCCAGUGAACAUCUGAUUUCAAAAUGGUCAACAAUUUACUUUUUAAAUUUUGCCUUAUUUUUUUAUGUUCAACAAUUUUAAAAUUUUGUAUUAUUUUUUAUAAACGCAUGGAAAACCAAACAAUCGCUUAUUUUUUUGUGCCCAACAGUUUUGAAAUCCCUGAACCCAAGUUUAACAGUGUAACAUGUAGUGUGGAUGACAAUGCUGCUCUGAAGUUGAGAGAAGACCUCAAGCGAUUUCGGAAUGAGUAUAUCAAACCUGUACAAUUUAGGUAGAAAGAAACUGGAUGUAUUAGGUUACACAUAUUAAAAAAGUUUAUCUUUAUGAAACCAUUAGUAAAAACUGGUUUGAGAAACUGCUUUGAAAGUUUUAUUCAUAAAAUAAUUUCAAAAGAAUGAAAAAAAAAAUAAUAUGUUUAACCAUCAUGUGAUUUAUGAGAAAACUAAUCAAAUGAUAAGUGCAUCCUUCCCAAUUCCUAGCUAGCAUUUAAAUAGCAUUAUUGCAUUUUAACUAUUUUUCCCUGGUAUGUUGGUCUGUAGGAAAAGUAUUGCUCACGGCGACCACUAUGACUAAUGCAAGCUGAUCCUUUGAUCCUUGCUUGUUCGUCACUUGAAAUAAUUUCAUUUCUUAAUAACAAAGCAUUCCUUACCUUAGGGUGGCCAAUGUUUUCCGUCACUGGGUGGACAACCAUUUUUAUGACUUUGAGCGGGACCCUGAGCUGCUGGACAGACUCAAUGAAUUCCUGCGUUCUAUCAAAGGCAAGGCCAUGCGUAAAAUGGCCGAUAUUAUUUCCAAAAGUAUACAAAGAAAGGUGAGUAUCAUUUCUGAAAGGAUAUUUAUUUCUAAAAAAGAUUUAAUCGGUCAGCCUACUGAUGAAGUAAUUUUAUUUGUUAUAAAUGUCCUUUUUUAAUCAAUUUAAUUUUUACCUCCACAGCAAGAGAGUUCUAACACUGAGAGAGAGUUUACAUAUCAAGAGACCAAGCCAAAAAUUGAAUGGUUCAUAGCGAAGAAACCUGAAGACUUCAACUUAAUGACCGUAAGCAUGAUUACAAAAGAGCUUUCUUAAAAUGAAAUCUAAAAUUUAAAAAAUAUAUAUUUUUAGACCCAUGUUUAAAUGAUAAUUUAGAAAAUAGAAGGUUGGUGUCCCUUUCCUAGUUAAAAGUUAAAAAUGUUGUUAAUAUAUCAAAUGAAAUACUUGAAGUUAUUUACAAGUCUAUAUACAGGUACCACUUCAAUAAUCUUUUAUUACAUGUUAUUUCAUUUUAUGCUUUAAUAUUCUUCUUUUGUAGCUUCAUCCAAUUGAAAUCGCCCGCCAGGUGACAUUGUUAGAGUUUGACUUAUACCGAGCCAUCAAGCCAUCAGAGUUGGUUGGCAUGCCAUGGAUGAAAAAAGACAAGCAGCAGACAGCACCUAAUUUGCUCAAGAUGAUUCAUUUUUCUACUAAUGUAAGAUACCAAACAGACUUGCCGCAAUUCUCUUUUAUCGCUAUUAAAUCUUUCUUCAACCAUUGAUUCCAUAGCCAAUAAAAUCUUAAUGAACUACAAGUAUAUGAUAACGCUAAAUGUAAGAAUUCUGGGCUAAUCAAACCAAAAGUAUAGGAUAAUUUUAAAUGUAAGAACUAUGGGCUUAUCAAACAAAAAGUACAGGAUAAUGUUAAAUAUUAGAAUUUUGGGCUUAUCAAACCACUACUACAGGAUAAUGCUAUAUAUUAGAAUUCUGGUCUUUUUAAUAUGCAAUAAGCAUGCCCAAAAGGAAACUGUUUGGCCAACCUGUCAAUGUUUAAAUACUUUCAGUUCACAUACUGGUUGGAGCUCUUCAUUGUGGAAACGAUGAACCCGGAGGAGAGAGUUGCUGUGGUGUCUCGGGUCAUUGAGGUCAUGAUGGUCUUCCAAGAACUGAACAAUUUCAAUGGCGUUCUUGAGGUGAUUGGAGCACUGAACUCGGCCUCAGUCUUUAGGUUGGAGCAUACCAAAAAAGUAAGUCAUGAGUUCAAAUAAAAACCUACAGAAUAUUGUAUACUUCAUUAGUCUUUUGACUUAUAGGUUCAGUCUUUGCUGCACUUUAGUUGGGGGGUCUAUAAAAACACUUUUGAAAGUUGAUGAUUGCGUUUUUAUUAUUUAAUAGAGGAACUUGUGUAUGUCAAUGGUUGAAAUCUUUCCAUGCAAUAAGGGCUUAGGAUGGGAGUAAUACUGGUUGGACCACUGUAAGGUGAUUUGAACUACAUUAUGGCACCGGGGCAAUGUGACUUGUAGGCUUAGGAUGCUCUCGUAGAGACUUAUAUUUUUGGUUGUCCCUGCUCUUAACUUCAUGCAGUCUCCAAUAGUGAAUGUAUUUUGGUAAAAUUGACUGUAUUUAGUACAUUACAUUGUGGGCAUAAUUGAUCAUAGACUUGCAUUAUAUCACUUAAGAGUUACUGACCACUAUUUGAAACACACCGUAAGUCUUGUUUUUAAGUUUUUUUUCCUAUUUUGUCAAUGUGUAUUUGUUUAACUUACCUAGGAAUUGCCUCACAAAUACCAGAAGGCCCUAGAAGAAGCUUCAGAACUCAAUAAUGACCAUUUCAAAAAGUAUAUUGAAAAAUUAAGGAGUAUCAACCCUCCCUGUGUUCCAUUCCUCGGUAAGUCUCGACGAGUCUCACAAGUUAUUUAUUUAACAUUUCCUAGUGUUUCGUGUCGCAAUAGUUUUAUUUUACGUAUCAAGGUGUGUGCCAGUUGUUUUGUGGCGCAUAUCUUGUUAUAACAUUGGCUACUAAAUUUAAGCGACAAAAGGUUUUUGAUUAUUCCCCACAUAGGACACACGUGAGCUUUGUUGUACAAUGUUCAGUUGAGCAAGUUGCUCAUUUGUUAUGUCUCUCAGCUGAACUCGUACUAAAUUUUUAAAAAUAAAAUCCAAUUAAAAUAUAACCCUUAAAACCCCCCCCCCCCCCCCAUGACAAUUUCUGUGUUUUUUCAAUGUAAACCAGGCCUGAACAUUAAGACAUCACAGUUGUUUUAGCAGCUAUCUGAGAAAUUCUAUAGACUCACUGAAAUUUCAUCAUAAAAUGUUUGACUGGUUAUCCCUGUUUUAAACCGAAGGUACCUGAUAUUUAUUUAGGCAUGUACCUGACCAACAUUCUUAAGACGGAGGAGGGCAACCCAGAUUUUGUGGCCAAUGCGCCCGAGGGCAUCAUCAACUUCAGCAAGAGAAGGAAAGUAGCAGAAAUAACUGGUGAGAUCCAGCAGUAUCAGAACCAACCUUACUGUCUGGAUCAGGAGAAUUCCAUUCGGGUAUGCUAAAAAACUGCAGCACUUGAGUUAAUAGAUAAAAUUAUUGUAUUUUCAGUUGAGUUAAAUGGGUUGUUGAUUAGAGUAUUUUUAUGCAAUUUAAAAAAAAAAUUCUAUGUGAAGCAAAAAAAUUAUGCCUGAAAAGCACUUGCCCGAAUGGCUGCUGGGUUGGGAUGUUGAUGAUGGCGAAGGAAAAGAAGCAAGAUAUAGUAAGAGCUUGGAAUACUUAUUUUAAACUGAAAGGCUAGUGAAGCAGAUUAUAAAAGCAAACCAUAUUACACUGUAACACAACAUGUUUCUAAAUUGUGGUCCUGGUUUGUAGGAGUUCUUUGCUGUACUGGAUCCCUUAAAAGAACGCAGCAUGUCAGAGAAAGAGCUGGAGGACUACUUGUACAAGACAUCCCUGGAAAUUGAGCCGAGGGAUGGGAAGUUGCUGAGAUUUGUGAGUGCUUCUCAAGUAGUUUUUUAAUACCAUUUAUAUCAACCUGAAUUCUCAAAAAAUACUUGGUUGCUAUUUUUUUUAUUAUAUACAUUAUUAUUGCAGAAGGGAGUGAAAAUCAUUCUGGAGAAGAUUGCCUACUUUGUAUACCUUAAAAACAUUUUUUUUUGUUACUGAAAAAAAAUGCAAUUUGAACUAUUCUUUUGAAGUGGAUAUUUGCAGUACAUAAAAGACUAUAAUAAAAUUUUAGAUUUUCUUGCCUCUAAGGUUUUGAUUAACACGUUACAAAAUUGGUUGAAAAAAAAAAAUUAAUUCAGCAAUAGCUUCUUAAGGUUAGAACAAUGGUGUAAGCUUAACAGCACCUUCACUACCAUGGCUGAUUGGACUGUGUUUUGAUCUCUUGUGUAAAUUUCCACAAUUUAUUUUUGUGUGUCCCAUCCACCAGCCCAAGAAAUUCAACCCAGACUGCCUCAAGUCCCCUGGCAUCAAACCGAGCACAAACAGGCACGGUAGCAGCACCAAGAGCAGCGUCAUCCCACCGUCUCUUCCGAAAAUGUCAGAGGAAGAUGACUCCUCCCAGUCUGUCUGUGUCACGCCGACAUCACCCAACAAACCACAAAGCCCUUCUGCAAUCGGUGGUACCAUCAACAACGUUUUUGCAACCUCCCCUGGUUAGUUAUGGAAAUUACUUUAAAAAAAAAAUAUAUAUAUAGUUAUGAUUAAAUUUUGUUGUUGCUACUUACUUUUUACAAAAACCUAACACAAACCUAACUGAACAUUUGAAACUGACCCGAUGAUGAAGUAAUUUCCACUUUUGAAAUAGAGCCAAACAUGUUUUCUAUAUUAGAAUAAGACAUUAAUUGACAGAUCCAUCUUUUGAAAUAGAGCCAAACAUGUUUUCUAUAUUAGAAUAAGACAUUAAUUGACAGAUCCAUCUUUUGAAAUAGAGCCAAACAUGUUUUCUAUAUUAGAAUAAGACAUUAAUUGACAGAUCCAUCUUUUGAAAUAGAGCCAAACAUGUUUUCUAUAUUAGAAUAAGACAUUAAUUGACAGAUCCAUCCCAUUUUUUCACUUAUAGCUAUUUGUUGGUACUGUUUAAAGGUUUGCAUAAAAUUUCUUUUAUGGUGGUGAUAAUGAAUAAAUUUAAGGUUUAGAAUUACAUUUCAUGACAUUGUUUACUAUCAUUCAAAGCAUUGAAUCGUUAUAGCCCUUUUUGAUAGUUCUCAUCUUUUUAUACAAUAUUAGAAUUAUUUUCGAGAAUUUAUUUUAGAUGUAUCAAAAUGUAACCAACCAUUCAAAUGGCCCUUACCCUCUAAAAGGUUGAGGACCACUGAUAUCAAAUAAACUGUUUUUUGUUUUUGUUUCAGAACCUGGCUCCAGUCCUCCAAUACUCUCCCCUGCCAGUGUUAUACAGGAAGAGCCAGAACUUCGUCGCAAUACACCCCCACCAUUGCCACCCAGGCGUGGCAACCCUCUCCUCGAACCACCCCCCACUCCACCUCCCAGAUCAGAUAGCGAUCGGCCCCCACCUGUACCACCGAGGCGAGACUCAAUGCCUCACCAAAAUGGGAGGGCGGCUGUUCGCUCACAGAGCAUGACCCACCCGCGCAACUCGAGUUCAUCACAUGAGAACAGUUUAGUCCGGAGCCAAGUAGAUUUCAAUGGUAAUGAAGAACAUUUGGACAGGCCAGAGUUGCCUCCAAGGACAUAUCUCGAUCAUCUUCGCAAGAAGAGCAGCUAGGGCCAGUGCUAUUUAGUAACUGUUUAUUUAACCUUGUUGACAAAUUCUGUGUAUGCUUGUCUCUGUGCUGUCAACACUGAACAUUUCAAGGUGACAUCAAGAAAACAGGGGUGUUCUUCAACCUUCAAGAAUUAAACAUCUAUGUGUGUAUGUGUUACACAGUGUAGCACACCCUACAAGUCAUCGCACAGACAAACACAAUUCGUACACAUCACAACACAGAAAGGAAAAUACAUGCUGCCUAUCUUCACUCAGCAUUAGGAAGACCAUGGCCGUUUUAUGGGAGAAUGUGGGCUUGGUAAUCCCAUGAGCAAGUGCAAGGACAUUCCUAUUCACUUGGGCAUCUUCCACUUCAAUUUUAUGUCUGGGGUGCGGGCCACGGACCUAACAAUUAUUCUACUGUGCUAGUCCUGAUGGGGAGAGGGGCUAACAGUCCACACAUUUUAUUUGAAUCUGGUUCCAUAUCUGAGAUCACAGAAUUGUUUGUAUAAAAGACCAGCAUUGGUUCUCAACAAGGCCUGAUGAACAAAGACCAACACCUCAUAUCUUCUUCAUUUCAACAUGCAGCCAUCCACAUCUAAACUGAUAUUCCCCUCACCGCCUUGGCUCUAUUAUUGCUUCAAAAAGGGGUCCAAGUUGCUGCCAGUGCUUGCUGCCGGUGGCUCUCAGUGUGCUAAGAUGAUGUAUUGAAAGUUGUGAUGGGGAUGAGUGAAUUUCUACAACAUUGAACACCAAGCUGAGGUGAGUGUAUUAAAGAGAAGCAGAGAGCCAAUCCAGGGUACUCCCCAUUCAUUACAUGUAUCUGUUCGGACGUAUCAAGCGCUUCCCAUUUUGUCUCAAGUCCUGGCCAACUGCUUGCCGACGUACAGAUAAUACUGCCCAGGCAUGUUGGAGGAGUUAAAACACUUCAUUCUCAUCGAGGUCAAAUUAGCGGUACUGAUCUAUUCAUUUUCUUCAACAGCACACAAGAGGGGUGAGGUUUUUCUUCUUUCAAUAAUUUGUUUGAAACAAUUGCAUUUAAGAUGAGACAUAAUGUUCAACUUGUACAAUUUUGUGCAGAGGAAAAAUACUGGCCGGAUCGUCGCCAACUAACAAGCUUUGCAAAAUCCACAUAAACCAUCCCAAAACUGUGGUCCCGUGGAAUGACACUCGGUGCAUUAGUUGACGUUGGUGUCACUUAAUUGUCUGAUGGUAUUUUUACAAGUUCCAUAAUGCAGGGGUUGUGAACAGGAAGUAUCAAUGUGAUUAUUUGUGAAAUUCAUGCUCACCUUAACGUCGUCGUGCUGUUUUUUUUCUUCAAAUUGGGAUUAACUGGAAUGGAGCCGCACAUCACUUAAUUCUAACCGCAAGAUAAUUUUUUUUCUUCUUUUUUUCAUUUAAAGAUAAACCUGUUUCUAGUCGACAGGUAUGAGCCAACAUGGCUCAUCGUGUUCUGUAUAACUUUGGCAGUGAAAAUUGUAAACUGGACACUGCAACACCUCUUCCACCAUGUUCACUGUGUCUCAUUGUGAAAAAAAAGACUUUAAACAAAUCAAAUAUGGCCAUUCUUGUAUUCUAUUUUUGUACUUGUAGUCAUUGUCACAUAUAUUAACAAGGUUGCAGACAAUACAUUUCUUGUUGUUUUUUUUUUUUCAGUUUACAUGUAGUAACUUAGAAUUUGAUCUUAUUGGGUUUAGCAAACCGACGAGAGAUGACAUCCUUGGCCUGACAUGUGAUAGUAUUGACAUUCCCCUACUUGAUAUUGUUCUAUACAUGGACACUUAAGAUGUCACUGAUCUAUCAUAGAUUUGACUGAAACCAUAGCAACCAUACCAACAUUAACUUAAGGUAGGACAUAAGUGAUUUGGGACAUGAUCAUUGUAUAUUUUUUUUAAAAAUGUGGUUACAUUUUCUUUUAAUGAACUAUUAACAAUCUAGGAUAUUAUACCAACAUAAUUGACGGAGAUAAUGGUGGAGAAAAUGUGCAAAAUAUCUUUCCCAUUAUUUAAUUUAAGCGCAACAACAUGAUGAGUCCAGGCUGUCAAUAAAAAAUAUUUUAUAUUGAAUCAUCUUUGAAGAAGUUCCAUGAUUUAAUUAAGACGUAUCAUCAUCCUGAUUGAUCAAGAAACGCAAUGUUAAUUCUUAAUGCCAUGCUGCGAUCUACUUAAGUGACAGAGAUUUCACCCCUCAGUAAUUAGCCGCAUCAGUAACACCUUAACCAGUUGGUUUUUCCUUUUUAAAAAAAAUUGUGAAAAUGGGAUCAUUUGAAUUUCAUUCUUUGGAUUAAAUGGAAAAUCUUCUGAUGAGAGAUCAUUUCAUUGGGAUAGAUAUUCAGUGCAUUUAUUCUAUGAAAAACUGAUAUUUUGAAAUCUAUUUAUACAUCAUAUAAGGAUAAAAAAAGACUUUCAUGCUGACCAUGAAAAUGAUAUCAAAACCAACCUGAUGUCACUGGUUUAUUUUUUAUAUGUGUUGUUAAUAAAUGUUUUAUACAUACAUUCUGCUUACCAGAUCCAGUCAUUUCUAAUGAUAUACAUACCCAGUCAGUGGAGUCUAGAAAAAAAAACCAACUGAAUGACUUAAAUGAAUGAUGACUUAUCAGAUUUUGACUUAAGUGGAGUUGAGUGUAAAGUAUCCGGGUUGGGCUAGUUUUUGUGUGUUUGUGUGCUGCCCCACACGGCCCUCUACC